UAUUCGAACAACAAUAUAUGUAUUUCAGGAUUUACUAAGCACAAUAAUGUAUAGGUUAUAUAUAUUCUUGGUAAAUACUUUUCUUUUGCUCGGUGCUACCACGAGCACUCCAUGUGUUGUUAGAAAGUAUGGGAGCGAUUCUUCAGUUUGUGUCUGUAACUCAACAUACUGUGACACUCUAAACAAAACUUUUCCGGGAAAAGGAAAACUACUUGUCUUGACAUCUUCAAUGAGCGGUAAUCGCUUUCAUCAACAAUUUUAUGAUCUUGAAUACCUUCAUGAGAACUUCAAAAAAGAUUCGUCUGUCAAUAUCAUUAUCAACACCACAAAAUUUUACCAGGCAAUCAAAGGUUUUGGUGGUGCUUUAACUGACUCUGCCUCCAUUAACAUCAUGUCUCUUUCAACCAAAUCAAGAGAUAAUUUACUGAAAUCCUACUUUGGCAAAGGUAGUAUUGAGUACAAUCUCAUUCGAAUUCCAAUGGCUGGAUGUGAUUAUUCAACAAGAGAAUAUACUUAUCUAGACAAACCAAAUGAUUUUAACUUGAGCACUUUUGCUCUUGCUAUGGAGGAUAUCAAAUUCAAAAUUCCAUUGCUAAAGCAAAUCUUCUCCAUGACUAUGAAGAAUAUUUCACUUUAUGCAAGUCCGUGGACAGCUCCGGCAUGGAUGAAAACAAGUGGUGAUGAAAUUGGUAUAGGGGGAUUACAAGGUAAAGCUGGUGAUAAAUAUCACAAAACAUGGGCAGAAUAUUUUACAAGAUUUUUUGAUGAAUACAAGAAAGAGGGAAUCAAUUUUUGGGGUGUUACUAUGCAAAAUGAACCAUCUAAUGGUCUGGUUAUAGCUGCUAAAUGGCAAGCAAUGGGUUGGACACCAGAACAACAAAAAGACUUCGUGAAGACUGACUUAGGUCCAAUGCUGGAAAAGAAGGGUUAUGGUAAUAUUAAAUUAAUGAUCCAUGAUGACCAACGUGUAUUUUUACCGGCAUGGCCUAAAGAAGUCUUAUCUGAUCCAAGUGCUGCGAAGUAUGUUUCUGGUAUAGGAGUUCAUUGGUAUUGGGAUUGGCUUAUUGGACCUGAAAAGCUUAAUAUUACUCAUAAUUUAUUUCCUGAUAAAUUUAUUUUGGCUACUGAAGCCUGUGUGAAACAUCCACCUACAGAAUCGAUCGGCAACUGGGAAAUGGGGGAAAAGUACAGCAAUGAUAUUUUGGACAACUUGAAUAACUGGGCUGUAGGAUGGGUGGAUUGGAAUAUGUGCUUGGAUAUGCAAGGAGGCCCUAACUGGGUAAAAAAUUUUGAUAAUAGUCCGAUUAUUGUCAAUGCCACGGCAGAUGAAUUUUACAAGCAACCAAUGUUUUAUCAUCUCGGACAUUUUUCAAAGUAUAUCAAUGAAAAUUCUGUUAGAGUACAUUCACAGUCCGAUCAACAACUGAAGAUCAAAUAUACUGCUGUAUUUAGAAAAGAUGGCUAUACAGUCAUGGUUGUCUUAAACAAGGAAGACACAGAUGUUUCAUUUACUGUUUCAGUACAUGGCUCAUCUAAAAAUGUAAAUUUCAAUGCUGUUGUCCCAAAGCGAUCCAUCCAAACAUAUAUUUGGUAAUAUUAUUAGCUUGAUGUUCUAUUUCAUAAGUUCAUCGAUUCCAUGCAUUUUAUACAAUAUAGCAAAUGGAAAUUAUAUUAUGAUUGUUUCAGACUAAUAAAAUAGACUAUGACAAUAUGAUUUUCUCCUAAUCAAUUUAUAAUAUGUCCAAAUUAUUCUAUAUUAUGCUUCCCAACAUUACACCUUUGAAAUCUUUUUUUGUUUGUUUUUAAACAGUUUUGUCAACAUCAAAAAAAUUGAACUCCUCAUUAUCUUCAUUUUUAUAAUUCUAACAAAAAUUAUUAAUUUUCAUUGUUCAAACAUGAAAAGCAUUUAUUGGUCAUUAUAACACUGCACCAUACUCAGUCGAAGUUCUUCAAUUUCUCAUCAGAAAGUGUACCGGUAAAUGUUCUUACAUCAUUAAGUAUAAGUGAAAUCAAUCUUUUGACAUAGUUUGUUUCACCUGUGUUUGUUACGUUGUAGUAUGUUGAAAAAGAAUGCUUUAUGAAAAGUAAAUCCUGACCUGCCAUAUAUCCUCCCUCACAUAUGAGCUGACCCCCUAAAAAAACUGCUCUAAAACGGUGAAUUUAUAAAAAUUAGCAUAUAAGCCGACCCUACAAAUCUGAACAAGCGAUCAUGUUUAUGACAACCAAUCACAGACUGUUAUCGCUGUCAUAGCGUUUCAAAUGCUGCUUUGCGUGAGAACUUGUAGCUGUUGAAUUAAAGUUAGCAUAAUGUCAUUUCAUUUGAGUGUGAUCAGAGCUUUGUGUGUAUAAGCAAAAUUUUUAGUGCGACCAGAGUUCUGCCGCCCACUUGGUAUGGCAAUUUUGUUUUUGAGUUUUAAACUCAGCUUAUAUGCGAGGAUAUAUGGUGAUUCAGAUUUUUUUUGCAGAACUGUAAAUGUUUGUUUUACAAAUUAUAUUGCUAAACUAUCAUCUUUUUUGCAUACAUUAUAAAUUUUUAUUGGAUGAUGAAAUAUUGCAAACCAGAAUUUUUAUAUAUAGGAAUAUUAAAAUUUUAAUACAUUUGACCUCAAUACAAUGUUUACAUAUGUAUAAAUAUUUUUGAUCAUAUGGAAAGUUAUAUACAUUGUAUGGGUGCUAGUAGUAUGUAAAUGAUCAAAUUACUUUGGAACUCUAUUCUCAAUAAAUAAUGUUGUAACAAAAAUGUACCACAAGUUUAAUUUUAAUACUUGCCAAGUUAGAAUCAUAGGUUUAGUCAAGCUCAGCCAAAAUGGAUUUCAUCAAUUUUUCUGUGAAGUUAACUCUGUAUAUUGCUACUAUCUUUUAUAAGGAAGUGAUUAAAUCUGAUCUGUUCUGUAAUAUUAACCUUUUUUCACAUGUAUGUUAUUGAUUUGUAAGUUAGAAUAUAUUCAUCAUGAAAUCGUCACUGUUAUUUGAUUACCGUAUUUAUUGCAAUAAAGGAAAUAUUGGUUCAAAAAAA